AUGUCGAAUCCCCCGCCCGCGUGGCCCGGGUACGCCCAGGCCGCGGCCGCGAGCGGAGGAUUCGGACCCGGCGUCGCGCGGAUAAAACCUACGCCACCUGUGCAACAGGGCGCUCUUCCCGCGUCGAACGCGGCGCCGUGGGCUCGCGGACAAACGCCCCCGGGCGGCGACGCGACGUCGCGCGGCCUCGGCGCGCUGUCGAACGCGGCGACGAGCAACGCGACGCAGCACGCCGUCGCAAACGUCGGGCACGUCCCCAAGGCGCGGAAGCCGUACACCAUAACGAAGCAGCGCGAGCGAUGGACGGACGAGGAGCAUGAAAGAUUUUUAGCCGCGCUGAAGCUGCACGGGCGCGCGUGGAGGAAGAUCGAGGAGCACGUCGGGACCAAGUCCGCGGUGCAGAUCCGCUCGCACGCGCAGAAGUUCUUCUCUAAGCUCAUGCGAGAGGCUGCGAAGAGCGGCGACGCGAGCGGGGUCGCGAGCGCGGGCGUUUCCGGAAGCGCGUCCGAACACGGCGUGAGCGCUUCAGUCAUCCCGCCGGCGAGACCGAAGCGAAAGCCCGCGCAUCCUUAUCCCAGAAAAGCCCCCGAGGGCGGCGAUCGCGCGAAGAACGCGACGACGAUGAGCGGCGAUCGACGCACGGUCAGCACGGACGGCGGCACGCGCACGGAGGUCAGCGACGGCACCAUCACGGGCGCGGACGUCAACUCGUUCGCCGCGUUCGGACACGGCGCGUUCGGACACGGCGGCUUCGACGCCGCGCACGCAGCGGCGCUCGCGUCGAGCUACGCGCAAUUUCCCGCCGCGCCCGCCGCCGGGCCUGCCGCCGGCGCGACGAACGCGGCGUCGUACUUCAACCCGUACCUGCUGCCGGCGAACCCCACCGCGGCGAUGUAUCAGAUGAACGCCGCGCUGAAGGGCGCGACGAACGCGACGACGCCGCGCGCGGCGAACGCGACGACGGACGACGCGGCGCAGGCGGCAGCGAUGCGGCGGUUCAUGCACGCGUUCCAAGGGCUGACGGGGAUGCCGGCGGCGAUGACGGCGCCGGCCGCGCCGCCGCCGCCCGCGCCGCAGCCCGGACCUCCUCAGCCGGGUCCCGCGGCGCACGGCGGAGGCGGCGCGGCGGCGGCGGGCGCGAACCCGAGCGCGGCGACCGACUUUUUCGCGGCGAUGAUGGCGGCGGCGACGUCCAACGCGAGCGCCAAUCUUGGGUCGGCGGAGAGCGCGUUUUCGCAGUGGGCGGCGGCGGCGGCGGCGCAACAACAGAGCAAUACCGCGCAGGCGCAGCAGGCCGCGGCGAUGUCGCAGAUGAUGAUGAUGAUGAUGCCCGGGUACGCGCAGGCGGCGGCGGCGGUGGCGACCGCGGCGGGCGGCGCGGCGGCGGCGAAUCCAAAUCCGAAUCCGAAUCAAAAUCCGAACGCCGACGCCGACGCCGACGCGAACGCGAAUCUGCAAAGCCUCGCCGACUUCGCCGUGAAGCAGCACCGGCCGCGCGAGUUCGAGGAGCCGCAGCCGGUCGCGGAGAAGAAACCUGAGUUUGACUUCAACGCGGUGGCGGCGAGAAAGGCGCGGAGCACGCGCGCGCACCCGAAGGCGGCGGCGGCGGCGCGCGCGAGCGCCGAGCCGCCGUUUCCCCCCGCGUCUACGGCUGCGAACGACGACGCGAGCGAUCCCGCCUCCGAAGGGGACCUCAACAAGGAGAGCUCGCCCGAGAACGACGGGUCGCGGCCGUCGAGCCACGAGCGAGGCGGCGCGUCUGGGUCCGGGGAGGAGGACGAACGAGACGCGACGGCGGCGGCGCGCGGCGGCGGCGGAGGUGAGACUGCUUCCCAUACGACCCCGUUCGCGUGGUGCACGCCGUUCCUUAAGGACUUUUCCCGUCGUCACUCUUCACCCGCGCUUCCCUUUCAACGUUUGACCGGCGGCGGCGGCGGCGCGACGACGGACGCCAAGACCAUCAACACGUCGGGUUCGAACGAGAGCACGCAGCUUCACGCGGACGGCGAGCGCGGCGCGAAUCAUCAUCGCGGGCGCGGCGGCGCGGGAGCGAACGCGGGCGCGGGCAAGAGCCAGGAUAACUUUGAGCUGUGCGCGGACAUGUCGUCGCGGCGGGAGUUGUCUCCGAGCUCGGAGGAGGGGGGCGAGGACCACAAUCAAAAGUCGCACUCGCGGCCGCCGCCGGCGGCGCGUCUGAAGUUGUCGACGCAGACGCGAAACGCGCGGUCUCGGGCGUGA